AUGCUACCGUCUGUUGUCAUUGCAGCAAUCCUCCUCUUGGCUCGGUUGACGAAUGCCUGGGGUACACUUGGACACGAGACGAUUGCAUGGAUAGCUCAAUCAUAUGUCUCGUCUACCACCAAAGCAGCAGUCCAAUCAAUCCUAGACUCGACGCAAGCCGACUAUAUGGCCAAUGUCUCGACAUGGGCAGAUUCAUAUCGGUACACUAGUGGAGGUGGAUGGUCUGCGCCACUUCAUUACAUUGAUGCGAACGACAACCCACCGGAAUCCUGCUCGGUGGACUUCAACCGUGAUUGUGGUGAAGCUGGAUGCUCUGUUUCGGCCAUUGUCAACUAUACCUCAAUAUUGUUGGACGACAAAGCCAAGGCGUCGACCAAGCUUGACGCCAUGCGAUUCAUCAUUCAUUUCGUUGGAGAUCUGCACCAGCCUCUCCACGACGAAGCCAUCGAUGUGGGAGGAAACACCAUCAAUGUCACUUACGAUGGCGAACAUACCAAUCUACACCAUAUUUGGGAUACAGAAAUUGUGGAGCAGUUAGCGGAUGGCCAGGACGCCGAGGCAUUUGGGAAGAACCUCACCGCCGCGAUCAAGGCGAGUGACUACGGGUGGGACGCCAGCACUUGGCUGGAUGGUAUAAGUCUGAACGAUACACAAACCACUGCCAUGAGUUGGGCUAGUGAAGCGAAUGGCUAUGUGUGCACCGAUGUCCUCGCUCCAGGUGUUGAUGCGGUCGAACAAGGGGAUCUGAGCAGCACUUACUACAAGGCGCACUAUGAUGUCGCGAGGAUCCAGCUUGCCCGGGCUGGCUAUAGAUUGGGGGCCUGGUUGGAUCUGAUUUACACGGCCCAGACAAGCGGAUGA